ACUAAAUUUUGUUUCUUCUCUCAAAUAUAUCGUCGUCUUCAUUGCUUAAGUCAUGAAUCGUUUAUGCUUUUUUAACAAAGUUGUAAAAGUUGCCCGUGGUGAUUCACCUCCUUUUGAUCUUGCUUCUUUACCUCCCAAAGAACAACGAGAUUUGAUUGGUGAAACUUUGUUCUUUAUGGUGGAAGAACUUGAGCCACAGUUUGCACCAAAAAUCACAGGAAUGAUUCUUGAAUUGGACCAAGACAAGGUCCUUCAUCUGCUGGUAACACCUAAAGCCUUCAAAGAAAUGGUCAAAGAGGCAAUGGAGGUCCUAGCGCACUCCUUUCUGCAACAGAUGAAAAUUGCUAGGGGAAAAAGAUGUUAGCAAGUUCCUACCUUCCAUGCUCCCCGCUAAACUUUGAAAUGUUUGUUUGGUUUUUGUUCAUUAAUAUGAGCAACAAAAUGUGGCUUUAAGUUGAGUUUUAAAUCUUUGUUUUCAUUUAAAAAAAAAAAAAUCAUAUGUUAGUGUAUCCAAAUGUUUUAAGACAAUAAUAAAAAUAAAAUAAGUUCUGCUUCGUCCAAA